UCUUUGCAACACGCACAAAACGUACGGACCCUGGUGGGCACCCACAACGACAAGUUAAUGUCAUCUGCGUGGAAAUGUUAGCCUAGUUUUGUGAGAUGAAAGACAAUAAGUGUUUUUUGUAAUUCUCCACUGGUUGUUGAUAAUAAUAGGAUCAUUUCUAUAGGCUACAAAGCUAUAAAUACAGCGCCAGAAGAAGGGACAAUGGAGCUGAGUUUAUCGGUCCCCACAGAAAGCCGUGUAAUGCAACCCCAUGUUUUACCAGGAAGAAAGCUGGGCGGGUAGGAUAGCCUACCGACAGAACGCAGGACUGAGCCAUUCGGAAGACUGAAGUUAUGACUUUAAUAUGGCUGAUAAGGGUCCGUUUUUAACUUCGUGUAUUAUUUUCUAUUUGUCCAUCGGGGCUGCGUUAUUCCAAAUUCUCGAAGAGCCAAAUUGGGAAGCAGCCAGAGACGAAUAUAUUCUACAAAAGGAAAACAUUUUGAAGAACCAUGCCUGCUUAACAAAGGAAAGUCUGGAUGAGAUUAUAGAGAUAGUGUCACAAGCUGCGGGCCAAGGUGUGACCAUCACUGGGGAGAAACAUCGCAACUCGUGGGACUGGGCAAACUCUGUCAUCUUUGCUGCCACCAUUGUCACCACUAUUGGUUAUGGUAAUGUUGCGCCCAAGACUCAAGGUGGUCGUGUAUUCUGCAUCCUGUAUGGUCUGUGUGGGAUCCCCCUGUGUCUGGUAUGGAUAAGCGAGCUGGGCUCGUUCUUUGGAGACCGGGCUAAACGUCUGUCCCAGGUUCUGAUCCGUAAAGGCAUUUCAGUGAAAAAGGUCCAGUUAACCUGCACAGUCCUAUUCCUGUUAUGGGGGCUCUUCGUGCACCUGGUGAUCCCUCCAUUUAUUUUCAUGUCUCUGGAAGGAUGGAGCUACCUGGAGGGCUUCUACUUCUCUUUCAUCACACUCACAACGGUUGGUUUUGGAGAUUAUGUGGCAGGUGUAAAUCCAAACAUGGAAUACCCCAGACUGUACAGAGUGUUUGCAGAGUUAUGGAUUUACAUGGGCCUGGCCUGGCUGUCUCUGUUCUUUAGCUGGAAUGUCCACAUGGUUGUGGAAGCCCACAAGGUGCUUAAGAAAAGAAGACACAGGCACAGACAAUUGGAACUCCAGCCUGUCAAGGAGAAGCACAACCCAGAAGUAAGACCAUCUGUUAUCGACAUCUUCAACUUCCUAUCAGAGAAGGACGAGGACUACAGCACCGUCAUCAAGAAGAUUGGAACCACAGCAUAUAUAAGAAAGCCUGCAGAGAGCAUAAAUCGCUCCAAGAGCUGCAGCGACAUCUUGGCCACCGACAUCCAGACCCUGGAUCACUCACCUCGGCACAGGCGCAUGCUCAGCGUCAGUCAAUUGUUCAUAAAAGCAGAGCCUGCCGUGGAAGACGGCGAACACGAGGCGCGUCCUCAAAUACAAGAAAGCGACGGAGACACUAAACCUGCAGAAUGUGUGAUGACAGAUAAGGAGAACAAGGACAAUUGUGCAUUUGAUUCAGAAGCUGCUGGUAUCUUCUUCACUGUACCGACCAAAUGUGCUAUGAAAAAGAAAAGGGUACAGCAUCCUGGUGGUGGAAGGACUAGGUUUACAACAUCCAAGGUAGUAGAGGAAGAUUUCUUAAUGGAUAAAGAUGAAAAAGGGUAAAAGAUAUUUUCUAAAACAUCAUGUACCUUUACCAAAAUUGUGGCUGUGGUGUGUUUUAUAUGAAAAUAUUAUAAAGAGUCAUUUUUCAAGAAAACAAACAUUUCAUAUCAAGAAAACAGCAUUUUGUGAAAAGGAUACAAAAUGAAUUUUAGAUGGUUUCCUGCUUUAAAAUGACAUGAUCCAGUGUCUGUAUCAAGUAAAAUAUUACUCUUCUUUUGCAAACGGUGAAUCAAGAUUUUAUUUUUUUUAUUUUUAUCUAUCCAAAUCUUUUCUUACAACAUUUCUAUUGUUAAACAGUAGUAACUCUAGAUACAAAAUACACAGAUUAUUUCAAAUCACAACACAGGGCUUUGUGGAAAACGGUGCCAAUUAGCAACUUUCCUUCAUAGGGAGCUGCUACAGUGGAGGCUAUGAGCACAUGGCCCUUAUCAGCAUACUCCUGGCUCACCACCGGCUGCUCUGAAUGAAUGUUCUUGAUCCGGAUGACCUGGAGAAGACAGGAAUAAAAUUGUCAGGCAAAUUCAAAUUACAAUGCUGAUAUAUCAUUUCAUUAAAAAAAUAAAAAAUAAAAACAAUAACCUCUGAGCCGGGUGGAUCUUCAGGGUCAUACGUUACCAACUUCAUGCCAUUUGGAUGACAACCAAGCCAUAUGUCACCUGUCCUGUGGUCCACCUCAAUGUUGUCACAGAGUGAGCCAACAGCUACAGACUGGUUGGAAAGAUUACAAAGAGUAAACUGAUAAUUAUAGUUUGUCCUCUAGGAUUACUGACACAAAGUGUAGAGUGAAGCAUGACAGCAUCAAGGGUUAAUAGUCAGCAGUCUCAACAGGCUGUUAAGGAAGGCCAGCUAGGUGAUCAGGUUGGAACUGGACAGUGUGGAGGCAGUGGCAGAGAGGAAGACGAGGGACACAAAAUCAAAGCCAUCUUUGCAACGAGCUGUGGCAGAUUGGCAGCUCGUUGCAGAGGGAGUUGUUCCUCAUCCGUGUCGAGGGUCAAAGUAGAGAGGAAGUUGUUGGCUAGAUUGUUAAGCUCCUUGAGGUACAUUUUUGAUUUGUGAUAUAUAAAUAAAACACAUUUGACUUGA